AUGGAGAGAGGGAGCCUAGCAGUACCGGUGGGAUUUCGUUUUUUGCCCAAGGAUGAAGAACUUCUUGUUGACUUUCUUCAAAAGAAAGUCAAGGGAGAGCCGCUACCUCAUGAUUGGGUGGUUGAGUGUGACAUCUAUGGCGACAAGGAGCCAUGGAUGAUUUUUGAUAAAACUUUGAAACAGCUUUUCUUCGUCUUCACGAAGUUGAAGAAGAAAAGCAAAUCAAGGAUGCAGAGAAUAGUUGGGUCAGGCACUUGGAAAAUAGAACACACCGAAGCAAUUCAUGAUAGUGAAAAUAAACUUAUUGGGUUUAAAAAAUCGUUUGUCUUCGAAUAUAAGAAGAACAAGGCCAAAGUUGUUGGUAACGGACACUGGAUUAUGCAUGAAUUUUCCCUUCGAGAUUAUUCACACCUUGAAGAUUUUGACGAGUACGUUAUUUGUAGAAUCAGAAACAAAGACACGGAUAACAUGAAAUAUCCUGUGAGAAGCUUCCAACAUGACAGUCAACAAGUUCAGAAUCACGAGAUUCAAAUCUUGAAUGCAAGAAACAUGAACCCCGAAGCAUCUUCAACAACGUUAUCACAAUUUCAUGCAUGUUAUCAAACACCUGCAUGUGAUGAACUAGAUCCUAUAGAGACAAGCCUCAUGGGCAAUGGGCAAUUUGUUUCGGGAGGGGAGAUGCCCCUAGAUUUACACAAACAUGACAGUCAACAAGUUCAAAAUCACGAGAUCCAAAUCUUGAAUGCAAGAAAGAUGAACCCCGAAGCAUCUUUAUCAACGCUUUCACAAUUUGUUUCGGGAGGUGAGAUGCCCGAAUAUCAAGCUCCAACAACAUCGGAACCACUAUUUCCGGUGUAUGAAUUGGCUCUGGCAACAUCGGAACCACUAUUUCCGGUGUAUGAACUGGCACCGGCAACAUCAGAACCACAGUUUUCAGUGUAUGAACUAGCACCGGCAACAUCGAAACCACAGUUUUCGGUGUAUGAACUGGAGAAUCAAGGUUUUUUCAAUGUAGUAUUUGAUUCAAAUGAUUUCUAUGUUUAA